UUUAAACGGCGGCGGCGCCUCCCCGCCAGGGCGCCAUGGCGGGCCCAGCCGCCCCCUGGCCGCUCCGCGGGAAGUCCUUCUACCUCGACCUGCCGAGCGGGCGGAGUGCGCGGGAGCUGGCGGAGGUCAUCCGGCGCUUCGGCGGGGUGACUGAAAGCUUCCUAAGCAAGGAAAUCAGCUACGUGGUUUCCAGCAACAAAGAAGCUAAACGAGACAAAGCCAGGACUCGGACUGAGAAGCAGAGCAGCAUGACUUCAGAAGAUGCAAAAGCCACAAGCUCAAUGCCUUCUACCUCCAAAGGGAACAAUACCAGACCUCACCAGAAGCCACCAGACACUGCCCUGAUCAGCAGGGGAAAGGAACUGCUACAGAAGGCCAUGAAGAAUCAGGACACCUGCAGUGGCAGCAGUAUCCUCGCCAACGCUCGCCUGUGGGGAGUCCAGGUCUUGCACGUGGAUGAAAUGUUGUCAUACACUCAACAGCUGCUGCGUGCCACCUCGGGAGCAAGGAAACGGUGCCAGAAGACAGAGGCAAAAUGCCUCGCAUCAGGAUCAAAAUGUCGCAAAGCAGGAAAAUUGAAGCCUCCUUUUCUGAAGGUUGAAGACCAGAGCAGGCAAUUCCGACCCUUCCAUCACCAGUUCAAAAGCUUUCCCAACCUGAAUUUCCUGGCACCCAAAAGCUCCAGCCCAUUUGAGCCUCUGAAAAGCCUCUCGAAUUCUUGCAGAGCCAGGGGUGUGGAGGGCUGUCCGAUGCGCAGCGAGGGGGAGAAGAGCCCCCAAUCCACACCAGUCACUGUGCCAAAGAAAAAGAGGGGAUUUUGUGAGUGCUGCCAAGAGACCUUUGAAGAGCUGCAGAAGCAUCUCCAGAGCCCCCAGCACAAGCAGUUUGCACUGGACGACUCACAGUACGCCCCUGUGGAUCAUGUCAUCUCGCAGCUCACCAACAACUUUGUGGAGCAGUCAGCCAAGGUACCUCCGUCCUGCCUGACAGACGAACACUUAGUGCCUCAAGAACAAGUUACUGGAGGAAUUGAGAUGCUGACAGCGGAGCUGGGAAAGCAAAGGGAGCAGCCUGAGCAGGGUGCUGUGGAACUGUUAAUUGAUGUUGAGCAUGAUCAUGGCCUGAAGACUAAGGGAUGUUCCCCUUGCCUGCCCAGGGACAGGGUCAGUAAUCCCAGAGAAGAAGGGGGGUUGUCUAAGAACUGCUCUCUGGGGCUGCCUCUUGGAGCAGAACUCACCAGAGGGGUCUGUGCUGUGCCUGGCACCACGGAGGAGUCUGCAGUGGGGGAUACAGAUUUGGGCUUGGCUCCUGACCUGGGCUGGAGGACACAUGUAGCAGCCACUCAUGCUGGAGAGGCAAUUGCUUCUUCAUCUGAACCUCAUAAACAGCAAGUGCUUGGGUCUAUCGGCCAUCUUCUACAAGCAUUGCCUGCCUCCAGGAAACGCCAGCUUUCCUCCAGACAGAGCACCCAGGUAGGAAAGAAACCCAGGCUGGAGCUGGGUAGUGACCUCUCUCCGUCUAAGCAGACAAACCCAGUGGAUGGUGGGAUGGGUGGACAGAGUGCGGGACAGAUGUCUGAGCCAGGCUUGCCCAGUGUGGUGGAGGCUGGCAGCUUGCCCCUAAGCACAAAGCUCUCCAACAGACCUCGUAGCUCCCUUGGUUUGGACCUGCGCCCCUGUGGGAACCCUGGGGACCCUGCGUCACGGCUGGGUUCCCUUGAAGCUGUGUCUGUGGGUUUUGAUCCCACAGAGGCUGCAGCAGCCAGCACUGUCAGCGAGCGUGGCUGGAGCAGAGUGAACGUGAGUUCCCAAGGGAAGCAGCUCGGAGAGGAGAAUGAAAACACACACAGAAAUAUGAAUAGUCCUGAACUGGAGAGCACAAUGAGCAAGACCAGCUGUCCUCCUGGCCGGUUGCCCUCUCCAAAAUUGCCUGUGGCUGAAGCCAGAUGUUGCUGCUUGCUCUGUGUCAGAGCAGCACAAAAAAUAGCACCCGAACUACCUGACCUCCCAGGCCACAGCAAAGAGCAGGCUCCAUGCCCUGGGCUCCUUCAGCCUCUUCCACAUAAUGCACGGGCUGAUCAUGACUUCAGCAGAAGUUCUUCUGAGUCAGACUGGGAUGUCCAGCUGCUCUCCACACUAACGAGUGUCCAGGAUGGCAGGAUUCAGUCUGUGGACAGGGACUUGCUCCAAAGGACACAUGUCAAUGUAAAGGACAGUGGGUAUGAGUCUCAGCUCUGCUCGGUCCUGAAGCAGAAGUCAGAGCUUGCCUGGGCAGACAAAGAGGACAAGAACUGCCGGAACUGCUGCACAGAGACAAAAGGAACCUCUUUCCCCAUGUUCGGGACCUUUUUUUGGCAGCUGGACUAGCUAAAACCACCUCCUGGCUGUUCUCUGGGCCCUUAGUGGGAGUUGUGAAGUGGCUGGAAAGGAAUUUAACAAGCCACCCCUCCCUCUCAGGACCAGGAGGUACAGCCGAGAACCAGAGCGAGGACUGUUGGCUGCACAGUGGUCUCCAGACACCGCAGACAACCUGGGCAGCUCUCCUGUUGGGAACUGAUGGGUGAUGAGGUGGUUUCACUGUCCUUGGCUGUGAGAGGGACUGGAAUCUUCCCUCCUCACUGCUGGUAAUGUUUAGAGCCAAUAGCUUCCUUCUUUAACUCCUCAGUGGGCUGCUGACAAGAUAGUCUUUCUCUGGAAGUAUCUCCAGCAGGAAUAUGCUCUUUGCCCUUCCAGAUUGAGAGCAUGGCAUGUUCCUCCUCUCACCCAGUCCUUGGAGGUGCAGAGACAGUGGGGAGGGGGGCCCUGGGGGUGAGAUCUGUGUUCACGUGAUUUGGGGUUUUGUUGGAUGUCUUUGAGUAUUUACGGAUGUUUGUAACUGGUACUGAGUUGGGGGGUUUUUAGCAAACUUUUAAACUUUGAAAUAAAAUGGAAGAUGAGAUCCUGCUUGGCUGUACACCGGGUAAAA